ACAAAAGAUCCCCAUGUAUCAUCUGACCAGUGCUUUAAAGGGAUGUCAAGUAUGAAUGUGGUGGAAGUGUGAUACUAGCUGGGAAUGGUGGCUAAAAUUGAAUAGGAAUGGUUUUCAGGGUUCAGACUGGUAAACUAUGAAAUAUGAAAGGAGAUAAAAAAGAAAAACUGCCUUCUGCCAACAAUGACUAGGAAAGAGACUGGCUGGAGGUGUUUAUAAACUCCUGGGGAGCCUUUGCUCACAGUAAGAUGGCUUUUCAUCCUCAAGGCUUGCCAGCCAGUGGAGAAGCAGAAGGCGGAGGGGAAGGGGGGGAGCAAGAGUAACGGGGAGAGAGAGAGAGAGAGAGAGAGAGUCAGAGAGAGAAUUAUUCUUGAUCUCUUGUCACUAGUUCACUUGCUUGUUUAAACAUGUUGCUGCCUCUCUUCUUCAACAAAGAGAGAGAACGAUGGAGUGUAAGGGCUGAUUUUGGACAUAUCAGUUAGUUCCUGCCAUCUGCUAGAAUCAUUCUGGAGUGCUUCACAGUUUGUCAUUUCUCCUGUACUGGGAGACAAGUCUCUUUUUCCUUUGUAAAAUUCAUCUAGGCGCUGGACGGAGAGGGAGGGUAGUAGAGGGCAAUGAGAGGCAGAAGCGGCACAGAGUCAGAAGGCUUGCAGACGGUGGGAAUCGUAUGUCUGGUGUGUAUGUUUCUGAAGCUCCUGCACAUUCUGGGGCUCAUUGACCUCACAGAUGAAGAUAGCAGCGACAGUGACCUGGAGCUUUCUACUGUGCGGCACCAACCAGAGGGCCUUGAUCAGUUGCAGGCACAAACCAAGUUCACAAAAAAAGAGCUUCAAUCACUCUAUCGUGGUUUCAAAAAUGAGUGCCCUAGUGGACUUGUGGACGAGGAGACGUUCAAAACCAUUUAUUCCCAGUUUUUUCCACAGGGAGAUGCAACCACCUACGCACACUUUCUGUUUAAUGCAUUUGACAUCGACAGGAAUGGAUCAAUCCGAUUCGAGGACUUUGUUAUUGGUCUGUCAGUGCUACUUCGAGGAACAGUCAAUGAAAAGUUAAACUGGGCUUUCAACCUCUAUGAUAUUAACAAAGAUGGCUACAUUACCAAGGAGGAGAUGCUUGCAAUUAUGAAAUCCAUCUACGAUAUGAUGGGACGCUACACAUAUCCAAUUGUAAGAGAUGACGCCCCAUUUGAGCAUGUGGAGAAGUUUUUUCAGAAAAUGGACAGAAAUCGGGACGGAGUGGUGACAAUUGAUGAGUUCAUAGAAACUUGCCAAAAGGAUGAAAAUAUCAUGAACUCUAUGCAGCUGUUUGAGAAUGUGAUCUAGAGCAACUGCACCAAACCAACAUCAAUGCCUGUCUUCUCCAUCGUCUUUUGUCAUCAACAGACUGACAUUUUCUAUAAAUAUUCACUGUACUACCCACAGAAAUGAAACCAUAACUCUUACUGAUACCAUCAUCAUCAUCAUCAUCGUUGUCACUGAGAGAGCUGGGUACUCUGUAAAUCAUACGUAUGUGCUUUCAAACGAUUUUCAGCCUUCAUCCCAAGACACCAAGUUUCUGAAACUUUGCCAACCUCAGCCUCCCAGCCAAAUCAGAAGAAAGCAACUUAACCUACAAGGAAAUUGUAGUUUUGCUGCUAAAUGCACACAAGCACAAUUUACUGAUAAACAAUCAUGAUAGACAAUGUAUGGGGGCCAAACUCGAUGUAGAGCUGGGUGGCUACUCCCUGGAGAUUGAAUAGCACAAUUUCAAGUUGCCAAGCACUUUUGGAUAUUGGUACGAAGGUUCUUGGAAUAUUCCCAUCCAAGCACAAAUGUUUAAGGUUUUUUUUUUUUGUUUGUUUUUUUUUAAAUACUUGAUGUUUUGCAUGUUUUCAUUGGGGAUGGGAUUUAAGGUAGGAGUGAUGAUUUUUUUAGUGUUGUCUGCUGUAUUUCCCACAUUGCAGCCUGGCACUUAGUCCACUGAGCACCUUGAAAUAAGCUUCGUAUGUCAAAGCGAUGUAGCCCUUGAACUGCUCGGGCCCCGUUCUUCCUGCACUGUAGCCUCAGGCAUCUCCAAGCAGCACAGCUCUUUGGGGAUAAACAGAUCCCAUCCAGUGAAUGAUAAAUCAUUCUGUUUGCAUUUAUAUACUUCAUUACUAGAGCCUAUAGAAUGGUUUGCGGUCACUGGGCCGGUAUUACACGGGUGGCAGCCAUUGCUCUGUGGUUAAUAUUUAUUUUUUGACUGAUGCUUCAAACUCUGCAAAAUAUGCUUGUGCAUGGGUCAAUCUGGCAUGGAGGUAGCUGGGGUGGCACUGAUCUGAGAACCACACUACUGCAUGGUAACACUCAUUUUCAGCAUUUGAAUAAUCGGAAGAAUCAGCCUUAUCACUUCAGGUGAAGUCAUCUCUUAGUUAACCCUUUGUGCAAGAAUAACUUAUCAUUGUCCUGGGCAACUUGCUGACUGUUACUCUGUCUCCAUCUCUAAGCAGACAGAUUUGGCAUAAAGCUGUAUAAGAGUCUAUAUAUUAAAAGUUUCAUAAACAUCAUGCAAGUUAGGGUUUACAAAUCUAUGCACACUUAAUGAAAAAAUCUGUAAACUCAAAAGAAAGCUUUUCUUGGGAAGGUAUUUUGCUUUUUAGUUGACAGCAUGUUUGGUGUGGCUGCACACAAAAAUUUCAUAACAAAUGAUAAUGAUUUUGUUUAUACAAAACCCACAGAAAUAUCAGGCAGUAAAAAUUUCACCUCAUUGAUCAAUGCAUUUAUCCCAUUAAAUACCAAGUGUGAAUGACUUUCUGCUGCUAAGACCUCUUAGUCUCCUAAUGCACAAUUGAAAAUAACUCAAAGUGAUAAUCGGAAUUCACACAACUUUCAUAGGCUUUUACAUGUCUGAAUCCAAAUGAAAUUAUAAAUAGGCCGGUAAAAAAAAUACUAAAAACUGCUUGAACUUUUAGUCCAAGAUGGUUAAUACACACAGAACUAUAGUACAAAUGAAAUAUGAUUAAUACAUUUGUUAGAAUUGUAUCACGUGCAAGUUAAGUAACUCUCUCAGGAUCAUUCUGUAAGUCAGAGGCAAGGAAUGCCCCAGAAGGCACUAAGUUUUAUGUCCCACUUUUUAACAACAUAAAAAAGACACUUACUUAAAAGGUUUCACGUUAAAAUUAUUCCCAAAGAGGUAAGCUGAAAUGGAAAGAUAAUAUAAUUAGAUAUUAGCACAAAAACAAUUGUACUGAGUACAUUGCUGUCGCACACUAACUGGGAAUGGAAUUAAGCUCGGCCCCUGGGGCUAUGAAGGAGCAGCACUAACCACUGUGCCACCUAAGGCAAUAUUAUGAACGCUUUCAACAAAACAGAUAUUCAGACUUUCAUGAAAAACUGCAGGAAUUUAAUUUUUUUAACCUUUAAAAAUGUAUCACUAGUAAUCAUAUCUUAUAAGUUGGGGCUAGAGUUACUGUCUAGAUCAGUGGUUUUCACCCCUUUUUAGAAGUGGAUUGUUUUUAAAUUUAGUAACUUUUCAUGGAUUGGAGACAGGCUUUGAGUGACUUAUUUUGUUGAUAUUCGAUCAAAGGUCCUUCCCCUUUGGAGUUUCGAGCUUCUCAAUCUUUUUAAUAAACACAUGGGAGUGUGUUGCUUCCAGAUUUAAUACAAGAAGACCUCCACAGACUGGUGACAUUUCAUAUACAGCUUUUUGUGGACCAGUAGUAGACAACAAAAGCAUUAACAGAAUGACCACACCUGGCAAAAUGUUCUACAGACCAGUGCCAAUCCAUGGACCGGCAGUUGGGUACUACCGGUCUAGAUCACAAAAUUCAUAUUUCCCAACAUAUUGCAAAUCUGUAUGAUAGAUAAACAAGCUAAACCACAAUUUUGGAAUUGUCACAAUAUUGUUAUUAUAAAUCAUUAAGUAACAAAACCACAUAGCUGUCUCCCUUACAAGCAUUAUCCAUCCUUUGGAUGAGACGUUAAAUCAAAGUCAUGAUUGUCUGUCAUCAUUAACGAUUCAAUGCUAUCUUUUAAACAGUAGGGCGUAUACUGAUGUCCUGGCUAAACUGCCCAUUACUGCCUUGUCCAUUCUGGUCCCCUAUUAAUUCCCUGUCUUUAACUGGUUACUGUCUCCCUCAUGUUCACUACAUAAUUACUAAUAUGUGGUCAGCAUUCCGGCGCAAAAGCUGUUGCAUCACACAGGUGGGUGCUACGCAUUGCUGGUGAUCGAAAUGGCUUCCCUUUCCACUACUUUGAGUAUUGAGAAAA